AAACAUGUCAGCAAUAACUGUCAUCGAGGUGAAGAAGUGGCAAAGUGCUUAAAUGAAGAAAUGGAGAAGGUACUACAGAAUAAAGACGACGGGAACGAGAUGGAGCCCGAAAAGGAAACUGCGAUAACACCCGAAACAUUAAAGGUGGUUGAAGAAAAUUGCCGCAAAAUAACAAACGAGACUUGUGUCAAACUGUGUAUAAUGAAGAAAUUAGGAGUUAUAGAUGAGCGCGGAUGGUACGUGGAGAGUAAAGGGACAGAAUUCAUAAAGAGUAUAUUUCCUACAGAUGUAAUCAUAGACAACCAAGAAUCGAUAUUUCAGCAAAUAGCUCAAACAUGCAACCGUGUAAACAAACAUGUCAGCAAUAACUGUCAUCGAGGUGAAGAAGUGGCAAAGUGCUUAAAUGAAGAAAUGGAGAAGGUAUUACAUAACAACAACAACGGGAAGGAGACGGAGCCCGCAGAGAAACCCUUGAUAACAUUCGAAAUAUUAAAAGAGGUUAAAGAAAAUUGCCGCGAAACAACAAACAAGACUUGUUUGAAGCUGUGUCAGAUGGAGAAAUUAGGAAUUAUAGAUGAACGCGGAUGGUACGUGGAGAGUAAAGGGACAGAAUACAUGAAUGUGAUAAAUAUACAGAUGGCAAUUCCUACAGAUAUGAUCAUAAACAACCAAGAAACUCAAUUUUACCAAAUCGCAAAAGAAUGCAACCGUGUAAACAAACAUGUCAGCAAUAACUGUCAUCGAGGUGAAGAAGUGGCAACGUGCUUGAUAGAUGAAGUGAAAAAGGAAUGGGCAAAUUAUCAAAAAACAUUCAAAGAGAUGUUGGAUGUUUGCGAGAAACAGACUUGUCCAGAGCUGUGCGUCUUUGACAGAUCCGGAUUUUUAAAUGAGAACGGACACUACGCCCAGCACGAAAUGAUGAGAUGGGUCAGGUAUUGGGCCUUCAAAACGCGUGGACUGAUCACCGAAACUGAAGCAAACGAUAUCGCAAAAAAAUGCAUCAGAAAGAACAAGCGUUUCACUGAGGACUGCGAUCGAGCUCAAGAAAUCUAUGAAUGUUUACGAUUGCGCGCAAAAAAUCCGAAAUAAUGUAUUUACUUUUUUUUCCGUGCUACGGGCUACGGCGUAGCAAUAAUGCUACAGCGUACGAAUAUACAGUUAAAUAACAUCUAGUACUUUAAAAAAUCAAAGUUCAAUAACUAAAUAAUAGGACAACUAAUAUUAACUACUUGAAACAUGUUUUGUAACCCCACAAAUAUAAAAAAUAAAUAAACAUGUAAAACUAUUUUGACGACAACUUGGCAAUGUAUUAAAUGUAAAACAAUACUUUCGAUAUGUAAAUUUCUGAGUUUUUGGCAAUGUAUCAAAUAUAAUACAUAACAGUUUCAUGUAUGGUUCUGUGUAUUUAAUGUUUUUAAAUUCGAACGCGUUGUAAAUAUUUAUGCACUAACAGAUAGUAAAUGCAUCAAAGUGUAGAUUAUGGAAAAUAUAUCAAUGUAAGAAAUAAAUGCAAAACUAGCAGUGCGAACCGAAAUCUGUGGUUUCCGUGGCGCCAUGUUGAUUAUUACUAAUUAAUUUAUAAUGACACUUGUGUCCAUUAUUUUUUUCUAUAAGAAAGGAGGGUAGAUCGACAUAUUGAUGGCAGAAUUAUUUUGUUAGGUAGUAAAAUUAAUCUGCUAGUUUUUUUAAAGUUCCAUGUAUCACUGGUGUUACAAUGCCAAGAUAAGGGUUAUUGAACUCUCAACACCCAAUAUAGCCUCCAAUAGCAGUUGAAGAAUGUGACUGGUCUACUGGCGCCCCUCGUCAAAGCGCAGUAUAACGAAAAUAAACUAA